UAUUGGUUUUUGUUCCCACCUGAGGCUAAUCAGGAUCUAUAGAAGCUGGUGAGGAGCACACGAGGAGGAGGCACUUACUUCUCCCCAUGACUGUAUAUGGAGGCACAGAGAUCAGAAGUGGAAACAACUUGUGGUCUCCUCUGUGCACUGACUGCUCUGUACAGACGGCUGAUAACUACUGACCGCCGUGUGGGUUGGACGGAUGUGGGUGACAAAAUGUUUUUCACAAGACACAGAAAGGUCAUCAUCCUGAGAGAAGACACCACACAUCUUAUACUGAAGUGUCUGUAAGACCUGACACCAUUCUACAGCAUCUUAAGAAUCCCUGUGAGCGGCUAUAGACAUGAAGACUCCCGAUAACACCAAGAUCUGGACGCCUUCCUGGAAAUUCCUGAUUAUUACUGUCCUCCUAGGAGCCAAUAUUGUUCUCUUCCGUAUUAUCGAAGCACUUGUUUAUAAUCGGGAACUCUCUGAAGCUAAACACUCUGAAAUUCUGCAUGAGCUCUGUAUGAACAGCAGUGACGUGCCCAGAGUUUGUCAGCGCCUUUAUAACCACCAUCCAACAAAACAAAGUAAUACUGAAUAUAAAGAACUACGUCAGGAGCUCUGUGUGUACAACGCUGACAGUGCUUCAGGUUGUCUUCUGUGUCCUAAUGGUUGGAUUCUACAUGGAGACGACUGUUAUUACUACUCAGAUGUAACAGACAGAACAUGGGACCAGAGCCGAGAUCAGUGUGAGAAGAUGGGAGCUGAUCUACUGGUCAUAAAGAACCAGGAACAGCAGGAGUUUAUACAGAGACAUCUCAGACAGCGGAGAGAGGACACAUACUGGAUAGGACUUCACCAUGAUGGAGACGGCUGGAGAUGGGUGGAUGGAGAACAUUAUAACAGCAGCUUGAUCCAGAUAAAGACACAACCAUCAGGACGCUGUGUAUUAAUGACUGAUUCUGACUAUUAUCAGGAGGACUGCAGAUCUACUAACAGAUGGAUCUGUCUAAAGAAAGCCGUGAGGAUCUGACCUUUAUGUAAUGUACAUGAAGCUGAAUAAAGUUAUAAAAACUU